ACAAUUUCCAGUUCAGAUGCAUCGAAUGGCGUCGUGAUCAGAAUGUCGGGCCUUGACAUCACCGAUUUCUCCGAGACAAACACAUCCAUAACUGCGAUAGAUUCUAGUUCUAACAGACCAACCACAGCAACACUUGUACAAACCGUCGUUCCUGCAGAGGCAUUACGUCUACCGCUCGAAGAUGACAUCGCAUCGUUGAUUAAAUCUCCUAGUAUUAUAUACAUGGUAUAUACCAGCGAUGUCCUUUACCCAUCCAAGUACAUCCAGAGAUUGAAUGAAAAUAACGGAAUUUUCAUUAGGACCGUGAACACGCCGGUGGUGGCUGUUAUUGUGGGUGGACAAAAAGUUGAGGGCUUGUCGCAAAGCGUCAAUUUCACAUUCUCCAAUAUCAUGGGUGAAAACUCCGACCCAGUCUGUACGUUCUGGGACACUGGAACCGGGAACUGGUCGACUCGGGGAUGCACACUAGUAAGCGUUGGUCCAGACACAUCGUUUACACAGGUCACUGUUCCAGAGAACGUAGAUGUGAUCGAUACUAACAGUGUGACUUGCGCAUGUGAUCAUCUGACCAGCUUCGCAGUCAUUGUCGACCUUUACCCCGACGGACGGCCAAACAAGGUAUUUCGAUGGCUGAGCAUUAUUGGGUGUGGAAUAUCUAUCAUCAGCCUCAUCAUCACUAUCGUCACAUACCUCUCUUUGCUCAAGAAACUGCGCUCACCUCGCGUCGACAAUGUCCAGCUCUACAUCCUCUUGUGUUUCUGCGUCACACUACUAGGCCUUUACGUUGCUUUCCUCGUCAUCAUUGGCUUUGAUCGAGAAUCUCGCGUUGCCGAGUUAGGGAUUAUUCCGUGUAGUGUCGUAGCUGGCCUCGCCCACUUUUUUGCGCUGUCCUCAUUGACGUGGAUGGGUAUCGAAGGGUUUCAUAUCUACAUGACAACUGUUCGAAUUAUCAAUACUUACAUACCAAAGUUUAUGAUCAAGGCCACCCUGGUCGGUUGGGGCAUACCAGCCGCCAUUGUUGGAACAACGGGUGGACUCCUGCGUGGUGACUAUGCAGCAAGAGAUUUUUGUUACGUGCAACAGUGGGCCUUGAUUGGAGGAUUCCUGGUGCCCAUGGGAGUCAUUCUACUCACCAACACCAUCAUCUUCCUCCUCGCCAUCUGUCGGCUCUACCAAUCCGCCAGGCUCCCGGGACGAGUAUGGAAAGACCGCGAGGCCGAACGUCGAGCGUCCAUUGAAAGGACGCAGACUGGCGUCUCGUUUCUGGUCCUCAUGGGGUUGACCUGGUCCACCGGAUACCUGGUUCUUUUGCAGGACGACACCUCAGAGGUCCUCUUCAUCAUCUUCAACUCCUUGCAAGGGUUCUUCAUCUUCGUACUCACUUGUUUACGGAAGCGUGUAGUGCGACAGCGAUGGAAAGAGUUGUGUUGUACAGGUUGUUCGGAACCUGAGAAGAAUGGCUCUCGGUCGAGUCGUGAUCUCAACAAGCCAUCGCAUGGGAGUCAUAGCUCCAGUACACCUCUGGAGCUAUCAGGUCUUCAUUAAGAUUUCAAAAUAGCUCUUCUCAGAUACCCAAGUCUUGAAGAAUCGUUAAACGUUCAUUAAAGCUUGUUAUGUGCAUAACUCAUUAUUUGAAUGAUGACCGCUGAAACCCAAAUGAUAUAAUAAUAACGAUACUAGGGGCCUACUCAACUCAAUUCCGAAAUAAUAUAUAGUUUAUAUAAAUCCCCAUUUAUAAUACUCUAUGAAGAUUUAAAAAACUAUCUUUAGUUGUGGUAAAUCUACGAACUUGAAUUCUACUAUUCCAAUCCAUUACUCAUAUUAGUGCAUGUAUACAUGUGCCCUAGAACGGUUAUGGUGUGAACAAUAUAUACCAAAAUGUGUUUUAUUUGUUAAAUUUACCGAGUCUGCAGCAACAUUUAUUUUGAUCGGGGGCCGGUCUUUGUAUUUCAUAGCUUGUUUAUAUAUACUUUUUUACAAGCAUGGAAUGGGCUGAAAAUUUCAGGAUGUAAAUUUUGCCUGUGGCUAUAUAAUCUGUUAAGUAAGCAUUAAAAAUGGCAAUUUUAAAGGAUUCAUGAACACAGUGGUGGUGGAAUUUAAAGUAGUAGGAGAAGUAGUAGCAGUAGUCGAAUAUGAUGGCGCUCUCCAAUCUUCAGAUUACACGCGCCGGUCACUUUCGUAAGUAGGGCGUCGUCGGCAAAGGAAAGUCCAUGUGACGUCAAACCAUUUUGGCGACGAUUAUUUGUGAAUACGUUAAUAUUGAUUUGUUACCCAUCCACCUUUUAGUUGGUCCUACUGAUAUUUUCGCCAAAUAACGAUUCAAUCCAUUUGUAUAUAGGCCUACAUAAAACAAAUAGAUAAUUGACAAAGUUUAUGUAAGUAACGUGCGUAAUACAUGAUUGUUUCGUGGAAAUGGCAAGGAUGGUUUGGAUAGUUGGUGUUUAUUUUACAAACUUCUAAGUAAUAUCGAUAUUUCAUUAUACAUAUAUAUAUAUAUAUAUAUAUAUAUAUAUAUAUAUAUAUAUAUAGUAAAGAAAUGGAUGAAGAGAACAAUGGUAGGCGUAGCUUAAAUCAAGGUUCCCCAGAGCUAUCUACCCUUUGGAAAAAUUGGUGAUGCCGAAAAAAUGUCUCUGCCGGGAAUCGAACCCGGGCCCCCAGCUUUGAUCGCCGGUGCCUUAACCACUAGACCACAGAGACGGGUUAGUGGCUAGGGCGACCCCGAUCCGAUUGACCGUCAGAUAGACAGAUUUUCGACACUAUACCAAUUAUAAUUUCCUUUGUCGGGUGAAGGUGGGUUUCGAACAAUGACAAGCCGCCAUGCUUCAGCUGGAUCAAAGCUAUUGCUUCGAUACAGUACACGUAUGGCAGAAAGUAUACAAAUGUGUAAAGUUAUACAUGUACAACAGCUUUGGCAACUCUUUUAUUUAAAUAUUGUAAAGAAAUGGA